GCCGUAGCUCCUGCGAACUUCUUCUACUGAUAACGCGAGAACUAGUCGUAAUUUGUUUCACCACUUCAUUCCCGUAAUUUUUUCGAACUAUUUUCAUUCUUUGAGAAAUUAUCUUCAUCCUCGAACAUUCGAAUCUCCAUCAUGUUCAUAUCAAUUUGUAGGGGUGAUACGUAAAACGGCUUCGGCACCAUGGUGAAUCGUAUGAAGCGGGCCGCUCUUGCGGCUAUUGUCUCCGCCUCUGUAGCAGAAAGUACCGGAGACACGCAGCCAUGGCCGAUAGGAGGUAUUCCAAUGUUCUUUCUAAAUACUUAGACUACGUACUUGAAUCAUUCAAGAUCAAGAUGUUGAUGUUGCCAUUGUGGGACUUGUAUUUCCCUCGUCUGUCUUCCUUAUCCUACCAUACCAAUCCAUCUCCUCGUCCCUCAUCUUUCUCAUUAUGUCCUACAGGGAUUCUUCCCUAUCGUUGUUCUGGCUGCCACUGUCCUACUGCUGAGCUGACCGGCCAAAUUUUGUCCGACCUUGAGGCUAGUUGUAAUAUCCCGAGUUAUCUCGGUCUGGGAACAGCCGAAGACCUAGCCAACCCUGGCGUCGCCACCGAUAGCUUCAUCUACCAUUCGAAAUGGACGCAGACAUCGCAAAUUCAUCCGGAAUUGAUGGCUCAUAUGUGCAUAUCUCCGAUCUGUCAAUGGCGGAUCGAAAUGGCCUACAAUGCGUUCGCGGAAUGCUCUAUUAAGGGUUCCCACGAUUCAUUUUAAGAAGCAUCUUUGGAAUAUUUUCAAUGGGAACAGAGGUCAAAGAUGCGCUUCAAGAUGAAGAAUCAUCAAGGGGAGGAUCUAACUCAACGAUGGGCAAUAGCACGACAGCAAGCUGGCGGCACUACACGGCUUUGUCGCUCACAACCGUGAAGCAUCUGAUUCUGGUGAUGAAAUCCUCGAAGGACAGCUGUAAAUCGACGGUAUGGCUGGGAUGAGACGUGGAGCUGUUGUUUAGCUAGUGCAGCAGCCUAGGCUCACGAAAGUAGAGAAUGAGAAGUCUUCUAAGUAACAAAAUGAAAAUGCUAAGUAAUCGAAUUUUCGUCUUGCGAAGACCAACCUGCUAAGACGAACCUCCACACUCCCAUGGCCCCACUACAUCAAUCAUUCCUCCUUCAUUCCCUCACGCGCCAUCGAACAUCCACACGGGUGCGGUGAUUCUGCAGAAAAUCCAAGUAACCGGUGUAGACAUCCGAUCUGACACUACACUGCGUGAGGCUGAGAUCGCCUUCCGCAUGGCUCUGUCGAAUUUGCUUUUAUGGUUUGCCGAAAUAUUCAUGUUGAGAGGCAUCUUUCUUUGACACGUAGUUUCCAAGGGGAAAAUAGUCGUGAACAAACUCUAAUGCUUGAAGUACCGAUGCGGCGUCUCGACGUCCGCGCUCAACCCGAACCUUCGCUAUGCCAUGAUACAGUAGGCGCGGACGCGACCGUUCGCAAGUUCCCAACCGAAAACGUACUCUGCAAGCACGCACAAUGUGGUUACGGAAGCUGCGUGACCAGCGACGGCUACGACGAUUACACAUGCUUGUGCAACGAAUGCUACAAACUGGGUGUAGUGAACGGGUACAAGACUUGUGUUCCGUUAUGGUGGCAAAAAGGAAGUAUAAUGGGUUUGCAGUGCUAAACCAUGAUAAGAAGGCUAGUACUCUUUAUCCUCCUCUAACCCCCGAUCCCGUUUGUUUCUUCAAGAACCCUUGCGACACUUACCCGAGUCCUUGUAAGUGCGGUGGCGAGUGCGUUCCCUGCCCAGAAUGCACAGGAAAGCAAUACCAGUGCAAAUGUAGCGAAAUCUUCAGGGGUGACUCCUGCGAGCACCUGGUUUGUCCUCCAGGCUUCGUCGGUCGCGGAAACGAGGACGGAAAUUGCGGAAGCUGUGCGCCGGUUGAUGGUAGUUCAACUUCAAUGCCUCAUCGAGUUUUCUGAUAGUGCUUUUUGAUCUGUCUGAGCACUAGUGGGACUAUUACCCUUCGUUUCAGGUGCGUGGACGAUCAGCAACCCUAUAUCUAUUCGUUGUUACAACAGACUUUUCUAAUUCUACUUCCUCACAAUCACAAUCAUAUCACACUCCUGCUAUAAAGAUAUUAAACUCCUAACUCCUCCAACCCAACUACCCACAACAGCCACCAACCCGUGUGACCCGAAUCCGUGUCAGCACAAUGGAGCUUGUAGUGUUAUAGGGGAUACCUUUACCUAUCAGUGCAACUGUCCGCAGGACUACAAGGGCAUCAAUUGCGAAGAACUGAUCUGCCCUGACGGAUUUUUCGAACAGGCUGGGAAGUGUGUUAGCGUACAGACGGGAGUUGGUAUCUUCGAAGAAAACUGAGGAUGCUGUGUUUUAGUUCGUAGUUCUUCGGAUUGUAUCAAAGUGCAGCAAUGUAGUACUCACUGCUACUUCAUUUGAUGUACACCUCCUCUUAAAUCCUCAUCAUCUUGUAUGUGAAAUCCCCAUCAUCUCCAACCCACUCAGCCCACGUCAAAACCGCUUCGGACCCCUGUGCCGAGAGCCCUUGUUCCAAUGGGGGGGAGUGCAUCGCUGAAGGCUCAGACUCCUACUCCUGUGUCUGUCCUCCUCUGUACACCGGAUCCACGUGCGAGUACAAGGAGGACCCUUGUGAGAACGCUCAAUGCGAUGGCGCAACCUGCGUCGUCGAUGAGGACACCGCUCUCGGCUACUACUGCAACUACGACGAUGGCGGUAUCUUGGGCUUCAACCUGCUAGGCGGCCGACGUCGCCUCGCGGUGGAUCGUAUGCGAUUGAGCAGGUUGGAAAACGCGUCUCGGCUACCUUUGAUGGUCGAGAUGGCACGUAGACAAGCCGAUAAAGCUCGCAAAGAGCGAAGUCUGCGACGCAGGAAAAUGCACACUGGUGGCAGAACUAAGAGGAGACUCCAGGUUGCCACGAAUGAAGAAGCAAUGCAAUACAACUGGGACGCAGGCAAGUCAUUGCCGGACACAAAGCCACUGCCUUAUGCCAUAUGUAUGAGUAUUACUUACACUGGAAAAUGAAAAUGAUGGAAGUAGCACAAACUAAUAAAAGAACUAUUUUUCUUACACUGGAAAAUGAAGAUCAUAGAAGCUGUAGCACAAAGAACUAAGAAAACCAAUUUUCUUGAGUCGUCUUCUCUAAUCCCAGAGAGACUUCGAUUCCUAUGAUGGUGCGAUCGACCGAAUUGAUCCUCAUUGUACUGUGUGGCAGAACGCCCCUCACUUUGGCGCCGAAUUGACGCUCAAUGUGAAAUGCCCGCGCAAUUUAUGAGCUCCAAAAGUGUACUCGUAAAUACACAAAACAUUGGCUAUUUGUUGAAUGGUUUCAGUAUUUGGUAACCUGAAUUUGAUCAUAAGGGAAAACAAGAAGAGAACCCUUGCGAUCGAAUUCAGGUUGGUUACCAAAUACCGAAGCCAUUCACUAUUAUCGUGCUCCUCCUACUUAUAAGUCAACGACGUCAUAGCUAAUUUCAAUUUCUUGAGUGAUGUUAGUACACUUUCUUCUCCUGUCAUGCAACGAGGUCGGUGAUGAUGUGGACUGCAGUGACGUGCUGUACAAAUUGAGCAGUCUCAGCUACGACACUGACAUGCAACGCGAGUUGGUAAAACGAGUCCGAUACAACUGCAUCGCGACGGAAGUGGCGGCUGUUACUACGGCUUUUUUUGGAUGAACUGGAACUACAAGAAGAUAUUUUUUUUUGUGAUCACAACUAUCAUGAUCCCUCAUCCCUUCUACUUCUAAUCCAAGCACACCCAAUGAGGAGAUUCAGAUUGCGGAGUGUCCAUCUCUGAAGGAGUUUGAUUUCCGAUGGAAGGGCGUUUGGGAAGCAUGCGAGUUUGAAAAGAUGCACUUUGGUGUGGAUGACGAAUGGAAAGUCUACGUAGUCAACAAAUUUACAGUUUGCGUUAUUAGGGGGCACCUUGAAACUGAAGAUUGUUUCAGUUUGAUGAUCGAGUUUCAUUUUGUGAAGCGACUGCGAACACUUAAUAUGUUUAGUUUCUCGGACUAGAAUCUUAAAUUCGACGCUAAACCGCCAAGACAGAACGCAAACCUUCAUUCGUCACCUCAACAUUCAGAUCGGUCACGAAGGCGUAGAAACCCUCGAUAUUGAUUAUCUUCCCCUCUUCUGCGGAAACCCGGUUUGUCGUGGGUUGGCCAUGGACUUAGCCGGCAUGUUCUCGACGUGCGGCAACAGUGCACCGGGAUAUUUGGGUCAGCUCUCGCGGAAAACCAAAGCUCUGAAGAACUCGCUAAAGGUCUGCGCCAAUCCACCUGGAACCGUGGUAGGUAGACAGCAAUUAAGGCUUCCCGUAUAAUCCAUCUCUAUAGACAUUCUUUCAUCCCUCAACAGUAUGCAUUCCUCAACCAGGGGAAUAGUGACGCAUGCGCUGGAGGAAUCCCUACACCAGGGAUGAACAAGUAGGGGAAGCUCUAAAACAACUAGCGGUCGUUGGAGUCCUCGACCCACUGAGCAAACAGGAGUUGCUCACAACGGAAGCUUUUCUUCAGAGUACUGAGAUUCGCUAUACUUCUGUGUAUGCGAACAAUAUCCGAACAAUAUCAUUAUACUCGAAGAUGUUGCUGAGGUUGACCACCAAGCCGCCACUUUCUCUUUGUCAAAAGUGUAAGUAUGAGUUUCUGUAGAAGAGCGAUAGAACGAUAAGGGUGAAGUAAUAGAAGCUUCGACCUGGGCUAGCGGAGUAGUGUUAUCGAUCUUUUGGAGCAUAUAUGACAUCAUCUACCAAGGCCUCAUAAAUUAUACCAUCUGGAUCAUAUCACGUCGAUGUCCAUCUCCCUAUCUUCAGCACUCUGAAACAAAUAAACCUCGCCCCCAGGCGCCAUCGUGAACAGCACUGGCAUUGAAGCGGAUCGGUUGUCUGUGUUGACGCAACCUGUCCUCCACACCAACGAUUUCUGGAGUCAUACACCGAUGACUUCUAAUGUUGUCACUUCGCGAUCUGUAUUAAGGCUCACAGUAAUUCAUCUUAACUGCGCAGUUGGUUUAGUGGUUUAGGCGUUGGCCUGUUCACUUAUCAGAGUGGUUUUGCAAUAAGAGAAAAUGACUACCAGGAUGCUCUUCAAGAUGAAUAUAAGUAACGUCUAACUGUAGUCCCGCUUGGCUCAUUUAGAGCGGAAAGCCUCAGCGGACUCGAGUACGGCGACAGCGUUCACGCAAGUGCUUGCUUAGUUAAGCGUGGGCUGUUUUCUGUUUCUGAAUUUUAAAUUCAUGCGAUACAUUUAGUGACAGGAAUACUUAAUUGCCAAGUCCAAAAAAGCAUGUGCAUCUUCGAUCACUUGUUGGCGCUGCUCAUUUUGAAUGAAACUGGUCGUUCCAGGCUUUCUCUAAUUCACGCUUGUGCGUUGCGACAGCAUCUCCAGGACCCGACGCAAGCGUCAAGAGCGAUCCGGCUGUGCCGAUUGAGUUGACCUUCUCAGAGCCGAUCAGAAUGGGCAGUGUACUUGAUGAGUCUUGAUUUUUUACUUCGCACUAUUAUAGACACUUAAUCUUCUUUAUGAAAUAAUCAUCACUGCUAGAAGCUCGCACAAGUAUUUUAAUCCAGAGGUAGUAUAGUUAAAGGAAUCUCUUCAAAUUCCCUUUGCGUGGUUGCCUAUUGCUUCCAAUUUGCGUGGUUGCCUCCAUGUGAUCACCAUCUCAAGCAGCCCCAACGUCUCCACAAAACCAUCACUCAGUGCCUCUCGACCGGCUACUGCAAGAUCACGUUGACACCAUUGAAAAGUGGUUACGGCCAGUACAUCCUCGACGCUUCGCAAGUUACUUCGCAGAUCGUCGUAUCUGGCAUGACUGCAGUUAUCAAGCCUCCCAAAUUCCUCAAAGCAAAUGCCAACUACACAGUGACGAUAGACGAGAACGCUUUUGUGGGUGAGAAGACGGAGGAAUACAUCCCCGAAACAAAGUUCUGGUUUCUCACAGGACCACCAACCAUUAAGACUACUUAAAGCAUUUCAUAUUUGUACACGCUACUUGACACGACAUAUAUUCAAGAAAAAACGUGUCAAAAAAUAUGAUGUACCACAGACAAAUACGAAUGAUUUCAACCUUCAAAACCUGUAGUGUAGUGAAGGUUUCGAUCACUCUAGGUUGCGAUGACCAAAGCAGUUGCGACUACUACCACUCUUACAUGCCGGAUUUCCUUGGGGAUACCGAGAAUGCAUUGGUUCUGCCAUUGUUGGAGGGUACUAGUUUUUCGACUAGAAUUGAUACUGAAGCUGAACUCUCAUGGUUAUGUAGAAGUACACUUGAUGUUGUACGGUAGAACAUCAAGUGUACUACCCAACCAAGAGAUUAUCGUCGUCCACACUUCGCUUUAUUGUGACGUGAGGACCUACAAGCAUGAUCAGAGUAUACGAAGCAUGAAUCCACACCACAACUAAUAGAGCUCGACAAUGUACGAAACGCGGCGAAGAACAAGACCGACGAUAGCUCUGCAGAUGUCCCAGCCCGACGAAGGACAAGGAGGCUUCAAGCAUUCGCGGAAAAGCGACAUUUGUUAUGAUGAAUUCGUAGUCGUGGUCAGGCUCAUGAUUAAGUGCUGUAUCUAAACAGUGUGGUUCUUUAGAAGUUUUAUGUAUAAUCGUGGUAGAAGUAGUUCUUCCUCUUCGAAAAAUUCCACUUCUGACUUACACGAGCAGAACGAGGACCACUGAGCCGCGUUCGAAUUGUUUCGUCAACUUUCUAAUCCACUCCAGCACCGAGUCCACGACUGCCAGCGCUGGUGACGCCGUGAACGAAGUGCGUAAGACGCCAGUAUGCGAGACUAUGUCCACGUGGUUCCUCGUCUGUGCACUUGCGAUGGUCCCCAUCUUCUUCUCUUUAGUGGCAACGCUUUUUUUAUGGCUAGUACCGUGAAUUGCGACUCUCUCAGCUCCUGUUCUUCAUUUAUAACAUUGACAGCUCUAAUCUUCACAGGCCGUGCAAUUCAUCCUUGGGUGCAGGACGUCAAGAAAGAGGGCUUUCAGAAAACACAUGUGUACGAACAUCAUCCGGACGGUGGCUUUAAAUCCAAGCUAGUGGAAAACCCAGUCAGCUUUUCGGUACUAACUUGAUUCUUUAGUGAGUUUGUUUUCGCAUUUCAGUGUGGUAAUAUCUUCCCGUUCCGACUUCUCUUCAUUCCACUUCUUCUUCUUGCUGGUAGGAGUACACAAGAACAUGAUCAGCGUACUACAUCAAAACGUAGAAAUCUCGUACGUCUUCACCAAUGCUCUACAGGAGAGGCUACAACAUUACAGAGAUGACUACAUAAUCUAUCACCUCCUCAUCUAGGCACGACUACACGGACCGUGGGUGUAUCUGCCCAUCCUCAUGGCGUUGAGCACGGCUAUAAGUGCAGUUUUCGCUGUUGUGUUUGCAGGCUCGGUCGUCGAUCCGGAGAUUAACUAUCUAGCGGCUGUCAUGUACCCUUUUACUUUCUGCACCUGCUCCUGCUCCGAGAUCUUUUUUGAGGGUUUCGACAUUGCAUUCUUCACUAGGAUAGUCCGCUCGCUCGUUUUCCAUUAGCAAAAGGGUCGACGAUGAUCUGAGGAUCGUAACCUCUGUCUAAUAUAUGAUUAUAUUGACAUUCUUUCUUGUUCCCCUUACGUACUAGUGGUAGUUGUCUCUCCAUCUUCACCAGGUAAAAAAUGACAGCUUUUCCCUUCCUCACUCCGUCAGGUCAAUGACAGUCGUCGCUACCUUGUGGAACAUGUUUUCGAUAUGUGCCUCAACUUGGGUGGAUCCAGGGAGUCUUCCUUUCAACACGAAGAGGCAUCCCAAGAUGCAAGGUGCGCCGGGUCAAUGGAACCUCGGCUCAAAGUAUAGGCAGAGCCCAACGAGCCAGUAUCCAAUUGGCUACAAGAUAUCGGAGAAGUUAUGAGACACAAACACAAUGAAUAUGGUAAGAAUAUGGUGCGACAUUUUUUUCGACAUUUCGAUUUCCUUCAUCUUCUAGAAAGGUCUAGCUCUUCUAGUUCAUCUUCUAACCAUUGGCGAUUACGACACUACGGGGAAGGAAGCUGCGGUGACAGACCAUCAGGAAAGAGUAGUGGUAGACGUACCCAGGAGUCUGACUUUGGGUACUGGAGCAAUGUCGAGACUGACAGCACCCAUAGAAUCCGCAGCAAAGCAGGCGAAAAUUGCACAUGCAAUAUCAGUGUUGAAUUUACGAACAAAAAUAGUAGUUCUGCAAUUUUUGCAUCAUUGUUUCAUAUCGUAUCAAUAACAAUACACUUUUCUCCAAGGGCCUGAUUUUGAUUACUUUCUCUAGGUCCUCACUUACAACAUACUUAGCCUAUCCCUAAUCCAUUCUACGUGCACCUUCACAGAGCACAUCAAUCCACAUCCCCCACACAAGAACUCCUUAAAACCAAAGUCCCCUUUCAUCUCCCGUUCUCGGUAGCAUGUUGAGUUUCACGCUCCUAGCGAUGCAGCUCUGCCCACAGCCAAUAUCGAUUCGAUUAGUGCAGACCUGCUGCUUGAUCGGCUUCGCGUCAGCAGCAGUGAUGAUUGCAGCCGGAGGCCUGAUGAUGAAGCAUCACACCUUUCAGCCAGUAGUAGAAGUGUUGUACAAGCAGGAUAACAAGGACUAUUAUGAAAGGAGUGCAAAAAUAGAGAGGAAGCGCUAGACAGAGACGCAGUAAGUGUUAUUGGAUGGACCUGUACCAUAAAUGAAGAUGAAAAUGGAAAUUCAUUUUUCGGAUCAUGCAUUCAAAUUUCGUCCUAAAAAAAUCAGAUUCCUUCUCCCGGUCCCGCCAAGAAACACUUGUAUGAAAAAAUAUGAAUCCCAUCCCCAACAUCCACCCUCACAGCACCUUCCUUCUUCAUCCUCUCUGCGGUCAGUGUUACCUCGCGUACGACGUACAGUUCGAGGAGAAUGGAAAUAAGGUUAUUGGUUUUAAUACUAUGCUGCCGCAAGCAGCGAAUGGCGAAGGCGUCACUGGGCCAAUGGCUUUUGGGUCGACUUACUACGAAUUGAUAGCUGCGGAAGAAAUGAGACCUGGCGGUGGGGUUUCGGUACUAGUAACAGUUCGCUAUGUAGUAUAAUUUGAUGGUUGUAGAGCUAGAUAGUAGCUGCAGUAGCAUUGUUUCGUUUGUGCGAGUACAUUCUUAAUUAAACUGAAAUUCGUGUUAUCCGCGAAUGGUGUCGUCAACGAAAGAAAAAGGAAAGCGUGUGCCUCCUCUCCAACAAGCUGCUCCACCGCUCCCACCUCUCUCAAUAUCCUCACUAAACAUCCAAAUAUCAGCGCAAGACAUUUUCGUCCAAUACUGAUGUGCGGACUGAGCUCAACUACAUUGAGCGAUAUGGGAAUGACAUCAAGCUCAUUUUCAAAGCGAAUUAUUACCCGCACCAAACGGAAGCAGCGAACAGGCAUUACAGAGAAAGCCCUUAUCUUCCGAGUCUCCUACCAAGUUCCAAGUUAAGACAAGAUGCAUUGCCAGAACGCUCUUGAGAACGUUGAUGUUGCCCUUGGACAUGGAUAGCUAACGCUCACAGAUUAUGCAAGCAUCUUCUUUACGAAAUGUUCCUGCUCAAGAGAGUAUUCCCAUACUCAAUAAGUCAAUAUCUUCCUUGGCUGUUUUUUUCCAUUUUAGCUUUAACACUAGCAGAUGCGGUUUACAGCAUCGGUCGGCUACCGGCUAGUCCCUCCAGCCAAUCAAGAACAAUACAGAGCCCCACUUUGGCUGGCUGACUGCUCCUGACGUAAAUGAAGACGACUUCUAAAAGAAUGUGUCUUUACUCAUUCCAUUUAAAUAUAUUGAUGUCACAGUCACUACAUCAUAAUUACAAUUGCAAGGGUAUUAAUUAUAUGAACAUAGAAAUGUCAAAUGUGCAGCGUUUAUGCAGAAGGCUAAUGCUUCUCAGACUUUAAUUCAAAAAAAAGAAUCUCAGAUUGUGCAAAAGGGUCAAGAUUGUUAUAUUCGUACAACUUAUACAAUUUUUCGUAACUUCGACGAACCCGCACGCGCGCUCCUUCUGUUGUAAGGAGGUUAUCCUCGUCAGGACAAAAAUUUUCCUGCUGAGUGCUGCUGCGCUAAUUAAGUAAUGUGAAAUCCAUGUUUACGAUCCAGCUCAAGAUCCUUGCAUCAACUUACUGAAAGAAUACUGUUAUCCGUCUGUCGUCGCCCAGAAGAUAUGGAUGUGCCGCGACGCUUCUGGAAAGAGUCCUCAACAGAGAAUAAGGCAUCACAUGUUAUUUUUGCUUCUCAUGAAAAAAAAAUGAAAACCAGCUAGAAGAAGCAGACUAAGCAU